AUGGAUGCAACUCAGUUGAUUAAUGAUUCUAUCCUGGAAUCAGAAGAAGAGGAGGAGAACAAUGACCGAGGAGAUCCACUUGGAAAACUGUGCAUCCUGAAAAACCAACACAUUCCUGAAAAGGAAUGCCUUCUCUUUUUGGGAGAUAAUAUUUUGGGCCGUGAUCCCAGCACAUGUUCUUUGUCUUUGCCGGCUUCGAUCGAAGGGCUGUCAUAUGAACAAACCCCCAUACAGCCAGAGUCGUCUCUAGUGCCCGACUCUGAGUCAGAGCCUGAAGAUGACAAGAUCCGAGCUGCAGACAGACGACGGAGGACUGUAGUAAGUGAAUCUGACUCCUACAAAUCAAGUCCUACAUGUUCUACUUUUUUGAGUCCGACAAACAAAGUAGUUCCUGAAAGUGAAGAUGAAAGCCCCAUCACGCCUUCCUCAUCAUACAAAAAUAGGACACGUCGCGUCAGCUUCAACUCGAGUGACGGCGACAUCAUCCGACAGGAGCAGAAAAAAAUAGGAGAGCUAGACAUUGUGGAUGACAGUGAAGAGGAUGAUGGAACUGAUAAGACCUCUAUGGAAAAUGGAAAUGCUCAGCCAGAGCUUUCUAAAGUGCAACCCACUGCCGAGAACAAACCUGCUGUGGUGUCAGACAGCGAUACAGAUGCGGAAGACAAUAUUGACAUAAUCCCAGUCCUUCAAAGAGAGAUAACGCCAAAUAUACAAGAGGCCUUAUUGAACUGUUCUACUCCCAUACAACAGCAAGAGGGCAAUAUAGAAGAACUGGAGACUCAGGCCUUUUUAAGUCCAUCCAUAUCUGCAUAUAGGAGUGCUGUGGCACUUUUGAGGCCUGCCGCAUCUCCCAGUCAAGAGGAAGACUACACGGUGGCCGAAACCCAAGAGACAUGUCUCAAACCUACAGCGGAGGGAAUUUCCAACUGGAGCUUUCAGACAGCAGUGCACUCCAAUGCCAAGCACAAGCUUUGA